UUGACUGUCAGUCGUUGCCUAGCAACGAUUUAUUGCUUUUUAUAUGACAACAAACAAAGUUUGAUUGCAUUAAAGUUUUAUUAGUUCUUUUUUAUUAAAAUAAAAAUUUUUUUAUUUGAUUUGUAGCUGGAAUGUGUGUGAAAUGUCGAAAGAUAAUCCAAAUCUCCGAUUACUUGGGUCACCGGUAAACCUUUCGUACCGAAGUAAGAAAAAAGACGAAAGGAAGAAUAUAAGAAACAGACCAAGAUCAGCCCUUCAGAACUCUUGUUUUACACCGGAUGUCCCCGAAAGGUACAAAAGACCAUUUUCGGCUGAUACUAAAGAUCGGUCACCAUCUACAAGAAGUUUCUUGAAAACAUUUACCGCUGAUUUAAUCCAGUCUUAUAACAACUCGCCAACAACUGUUAAAGUAGUGCCACCUACUACAGAUAUACUUGGUGUUAUAAAAUCACCUAAUGACCAGACCUUUAAGAAGGAUAAAGAAAUAUGUAGUAAUGCCUCUGAUUAUGGUUCUGAAGACACUUUUAUGAGUUUAGGAACCAAAAUUAAAGUAAGAGCUCAAUCCAAUCCAAAACCAAAGAUUACAAACCAAAGAAAUAUUUUGAAAUAUCGAAAUAUAGUGAAAAAAGGCCGUAAAGUUAUGGAUGCUAAUGUAUAUGAAGAGAAAAAUAAUCCAGAAUAUGGGCUGGAGAUAAAAAUAACUGAGCGACCACCAAGAACACAGUCACCUAUUAGAAAUGAUGCAAAACAUAAUCAUGUUCCCUCACCUUUUAAAAAUAGGUCUUAUGAAUCUUAUAUUGUACCUCUAGAUUCUGAUAAUAAAGCCACUGAUAAUGAUUUAGCAGAUUGCAUCUCUUUUGGUCCAAAUAAUUUGCAAUCUGAUGUUGAAGAAGCUAUUGAUAAAUAUUCAAAACGUCUAACACUAACUAAACAACAAUUAUCCCUUGUAGAAGAAGAAUCAACACAAGAUUUAGAAAGUAUUCCAUCCCAGCACAUGCCUAGUUUAUCUCCAGAGAAUUCAUUGGAAGAAACCAAGAAUAUUAAAGGUGUUCACACUGAGGAAAGUUUCACAGGUAGAAACGCUUACACAGUGGACAAAGAAGAUUAUUCUAAACCUCAAGACUAUGAACCAAGAACUUAUAGUAGUUUUUAUGAUGAUUUUCAUACAAAUUCCCUAGAUUCAUAUAAACCCAAAAUGUCUAGUACUAUAAUGUACACGGAUUCGUCUUCUAAGGACUCUGGAUAUCCUGAUAGCGCGGCAAAUGACAAUAAAACUUUUGGGCAAAACUUUUCUCUCCCAACAUCAUCAUUAUUAUUAAAAAAAUCAAAUUCCUAUAAUAAAAUAGAAGAUCAGCCUAAAAGUUUAGAUAGUAUUUCAAUAAACAGCAAUGAGAAAGGCUAUCAUAAAACUUAUCCAUUAGAAAAAAGAUCUCAAUGGACAGAACCCCUGAAUCACAGUCGUUUAUUGUACAAAGAUUUUUUCUUAAAAAAAGAAGGUCAUCAAGCUUUGCCUCCACAAAAUUCCCCAAUCAAUGAAAACAUUCACAACACCACUUCCGCAAGUGAAGUUAUGGACGUUGCGAAAACUGAGAAAGAUUCACAAGAUCUUGAUUACCCAUCAUAUUUAAUUAAUAGUAGUACAAAGGCAUACACCUCAAAAGUUAUUGAAGAUUAUAAAAAGGAACUAGAGGCUAUAAAUAGUUUACAUGAGUUAACAUUGAAAGAUAUAAAAACUGAUCCAAUUUCACCAACACCGCUGAAUAUAGAUAAAAUGUUUGAAUUAUCAGGUCCUUUUGUAGAAGUUAAAAAGGACUGUAGUGAUGAUUCACAAGAAAAUUCAGAUGUUAUUGAUGAACUUGCAAAAAAUAAGGAUGCUAAUAACUCUCUUGAUAAUAAUAGAGAUAUAACAAAAGUAUCCACUAAAGAAUUAAUACAAAAUUAUUUAAAAGUAAAAGAGGGAGAUUAUUCCAAGGGAUAUGUACCUAAAAACCUUAAGAAGUGCGAUAGGAAAUUUAAUAAUGUGAGCUCGAAAUUUGGCGAUAGUUCUACGUUUAAACAAGAUUGGAAUAAUAAAAAUGUAAAGAGUAAUAUUAAAUCCACAAUUCCAGUGAAUAUUAAAAAUCAAACUCAAAAAACAAAUUACAGCACACGGGCUCCCUUGAGUGCUAGAAUCGAGAGUGUGCAAAAUGACAAAGAUAUAGAUUCUUGGAUGUCACUGUCCAUACCUUCGCCUAGAAUUGUUGAAGUAGACGAAGUAGAGCCUCCUGUAACAACGAAUUUAAAUAUCGAUUCUAAAGCACAAGGAGAUGAGUCUUGUAAUGAAAGAAAUAAUUUUUCGCAACCAUCAACAUCUAUAGUAGAGAAUAAAGAAUCAAAACCUCAGGAAUUAAAUACUAAUUCGACUGUUUUGGAUAUAUACUCCAUGUUGAAAGAAAUUGAAAGUUAUGGCGACAACCCUGUGACAACAGGUAAUGUAGACCCGCCUGAGGCUUCAGAAAAUACAAAAGAAGAGGACACUACAUCUAAAGACAACUUUAUGGAAAUAUUUGAAUUUUUGGAGAAGGUGGAACAGAGUGCAAAUGCUGCAUUAUCAGUAGUCACUAGUACCACGCCUCAAACCAUACCAAAACUAGAAUUACUGCUGAAGCUGCCGCAAACGGAACUAGCUCAGAGGCUGGUCACCGCGUCCCUCCAGCUCGAGGAAAGGUCCUGUUGCAUUGCGCUGCUGCAGGAGAGUCUUGCCAAUCAUAAGGAACAGAUGGCUAGCAAAGUGAGCAAUUUGGAGAAGCAAUCACUAAGGAAUGUGUCCAAAGUGAAGCAAGAGUGCGAAGAGACGAUUAAGCGCCAUCAGAAUUUUAUUGAUCAGCUGAUAAAUGACAAGAAAACUCUGAACCACCGCAUCGAGCAACUAGUGGACGAGCGGCGUUCGCUGGAGGAGCGCUGGAAGCGGUCGGCGCAGGCGCUCGAGGAGCGCUACAAGCUGGAGCUGAGGAACCAGCACGACAAGAUGGCCGCCGCGCAGCAGGUGGCUCGACAGCGCUGGGUUCGACAGAAGGCUGAGAAAAUUAAAGAGCUGACAGUAAAAGGAUUGGAAGGCGAACUGCGAGAGAUGGCCGAGCGGCAGCAGAAAGAGGUAUCAGACCUGAAGAUGUUUCACGCGGAGCAAAGUGGGCGUGCGCAGGCGCAGCACGCGGCGCAACUCGACGAGCUGCGGCGCAGCCUCGAGCAGGAGAAGGAGGCCGCGCUGGCCAAGGAACGGCAGAUGGCCAGUUCCAGGAUGGAGAAGCAGAUCCUUGAACUGGAGGUGACGUACCAGGAGCAGCGGUCGCGGCUGGUGAGCGAGCUGCGUGCGCAAGCUGAACGCGCCGCGGGGGACCUGGGCGAGCGCGAGCGGCUGCACAACCAGGAGAUGGUGAAGUGGAAAGAAGAACAAGAAAAGUUGUUAGAAGAAAAGAAGUCUCAGCUGGAAUUACAUAUUGCAGAAGAAAAAGAAAAAUUAGAAGAACAAAUGAAAGAGAGAGAGAAAGAGUUGCAAGAACAAUUCGAGCAGUACAAGCGGGAAUUCGAAGCGGAACAACAGUUGGUGUUGAAACGAAAAGUGGUGGAGAUAUCUACACAGCAUAAGCAGGAGAGGGACAGGGAGAUCGAGCUCGCGAUCGAGAGUAUGGAGGCGGAAGCGCAAGCGGGCAGGAAGGAACUGCAGGAAGCAAUAAGGAGAAACAAAGAACAAUACGAGGCGGAAUUGAAAGAGUUGGCUGAAACGGAACAAGCUACACUGCGGCGUUACCAAGACGCUCAGGCGAGGGUGCGCCAGACGGAGGAUCGAUGUGCAGAACUAGAAGUAACGGUGUCUCAGCUAGAAACUCGAAAUAAGGUUUUAGUUGAGAAAAAUACCCAAUUAGAAGAGAGGGUGGAAGCAAUAAGAGCUAGCACAGAUCAAGCGUGGCGAGACAAGGUGGACUCACUCAAGAAGGAAAUAGAAGAGAUGAAGAGGACCCACGAGGAGCAGAUGCAUCAGUUAUACGCCAAGGUGAAGGUGGCGGUGGCCCGUAAAGACUCCGCCAUCCAAGCGAUGACACGCGAGGCCGGCAAGGCACAGGAGAAGAUCACAUUACUGGAGCAGAAGCUACAGCAGCAGAGAAAAGACUUCCUCAAGCAUAAGUGAUCCUGACAAUGGGAAAAUGGUCUUUUAUGUAAAGUUUAUGUGAAUAAGGACUUUAGAUUUUUUUACCUACAUAAAACCAAGAAGAAUUCACCCACCAACCCCAGCCCAUCAACUUUAUCUUUGUAUGUGAGGAUACUUGUACUGCUUACAUAGUUUUUUAUCUAAACUAAUAUCAUUAAGAAGAAGAAGAAUUUGAUUUCUUGUUUGUAGUAAUGGAUAAACAAAAAAAUACUUUAAUUUUAAAAUACUCUCAUUUUAAUUAUUUAUUUGAAAAUUACUCACCACACUUACAGUCUCCCAAAACGUGUAAUGAGCCGUAGGUUUAUUUUACAAACUUACAAAUUUUGUCAUUAAAUAUAUCAAUAUCUGGCUGCUGAGCAAUCAGACAAUUGAGCAGAGAAAUAGCCUGAUAAGUGGGAGCAAACUGAGCAGUACAGGUGCGAACCGGCGGUGCCGAUAAUAGUCGACGUGCACGCAAUCGCAUGCAGCGUUGCGGUGCGUACAAAGAACAACGGCUGAGAGUUGCAGGAUUGUCUAUGUCGCCGCCGAUCAUCUAUACAAAACUACAUUAACAGUGAAUGAUAUGGGCUAUAUUUAAAAAAAAAAAGAAAUGUGAGAUCUAGCUAUCAACCCGUGCAAAGCUGUGACGGGUUGCCAGUAUAACUAUAUAUAAUUGUUAAACAUCAUAAAUACUUUUUUCCUAUUUUGGCUUUGUAGAGCAAUUAUGUCUACUCUGUGUUAAUAAUGAUAAGUUUCAUUCCGUCCAUUUUAUUUAUAUAAUUAUAAUAAUUAUGUACGUACUUAUUCGUAAGUACCUGUUUAAUUGUUUUUUAUUUACAAAAGUUAUUUGUAACAACAAUUUUAAGUUGUAUGGCCAUAACAUAAUAUUUAAAGCUAUCGUUGCCAGAUACGAUUUCCAAUUUCUCCCCAAAUUUUAAAUAUUUUUCUCAUAAAAUAAAUUGCCCGAAUUUCUCACA